AUACUGUGUGAUUUAACUAUCACCGUUCAGCAAUAUCGUUUGUGCUAAAUUAUCAGUUAAAUGUUUCUAAAUACCAAAAUCGGUAGCUGGUUCAAAGACACCUUAUGGACGCAAUGGAUCGCAGGAAUAACAACAUUCUUAAUGUUGCUCACAAUUGGCCUGAAAAUCGGAUGGACCUCGCCAUACACGGCGCAGCUAAUGUCAGAAGAUUCGCCACUUCCAUUGACCUCCGACGAGGUAUCCUGGGUUGCAUCCCUGAUGAAUGUAGGCCGACUGAUAGGGGCGAUAUUCGGCUGCAUCGGGGUCGAAUGGCUCGGUAGAAAACGAACGUUGACAAUCGUUGGUUUUCCAAUAUUACUAGCCUGGAUUUGUAUAAUCGUCGCCGACUCUGUAGCGUGGCUCUACGCAUCGAGGCUUUUAGCCGGGCUAAGCUUAGGAAUAUCAUUCAGCAGCUUUCCAAUUUUUCUUGGUGAAAUUUCGGAUCCAAAAAUUAGAGGCACGCUGGUAACUCUCACCGUUUCCGGAAUGGCCGUGGGAACACUAACCGGUAAUAUAAUGGGCGCCAACCUCUCGAUGACGACGUUUUCUUACAUAAGCCUGGUACCAAACGCGUGCUUCGUCCUCCUCUUACUCUGGCUGCCUGAAUCUCCUCACUUUCUAAUACGCGUUGGAAAAACAGAGGAGGCGAUGAAAUCUAUAGCCCGAUAUAACCCGAAGGUAGAUCCCGAGAUCGAGUACAAAGCAAUGAGGUGCUACAUCGAAAGCUCGGGUUCUCCGACAGUCAAAGAACGGCUACGAGAGUUCAACAUGCCGGAGAAUAGACGAGCCAUGAUCAUCACGAUCGUACUUUACUUCUUCAUGCAGUUCAGCGGGAUGAAUUCUAUAAUUUAUUACUUAGAAACGGUUUUCACUUCUGCCGGGGUGAGCGUUAUCCAGCCCGCUACGUUAGUGAUUAUGACCAGCGGAGCAUCAGUUUUGACCGGAUGGGUGGCGGUCUGCAUAGCUGAUAAAUUCAGACGUAAAGUACUGAUGAUAUUCUCGAGCGCUGGAGUUUCCGUGACCAUGAUGGGCUUGGGAGUACACUUUUCUCUAUUGGAGAACGGGUUUGAUCCUGACUCGUUGCAAUGGCUGCCAAUCGUAACUAUAUUACUUUUUAUGAUUACUUUCUGCGUUGGAAUGAUUGGCGUACCUAGCAUGAUCCUCAGCGAGCUCUUCACCCCUAAUAUAAAGAGUGUGGCGGCCGGUAUGAUUGGCAUUUUGAGUGGACUAUUCGCCUUUGGAGCAACUAAGUCUUACCAACCAUUAUUAGACACCGUAGGAGAGGCUUGGGUUUACUGGCUGCACGCGUUGCUGAUGAUGUUCUGCACUAUCUUUUCUGCAAUUUGGAUACCCGAAACAAAAGGCAAAUCACUACAGGAAAUUCAAGAUUUAUUGAUGAAAAAGUAGACGACACUGAAUAUAAGGAUUCAAUUGACACGGUUUCGUUAUGUUC